CUUGUCGGCUCAUUCCGUCGCGAGCUUCCACUCGGUGUGCACGCGUUCUCGCUGUCUCUUGGAUACGCAAACUUUACUCGAUUUAAACAUCUUUUCAUAGACUGAAAGGUUUCAUCGUAUGAAAUCAUUCACAAAAUAUUUAUUCUUUAAUUUAAUCAGAUUAGAGAAUUUAUUUCAGUUUUAUUCAAUCAAUAAAACAGCAUUGUUAAUUCUGUUGUUAUUUGGAAACGAUUACAGCCGUAAAUUCUGCUGAAAGUGACAAUUGAAGUGGACAAGGAAAUUUAGUUGUGUGCCCUUUAAAAACAUUUCUGUGUAAGUGUAAAAGACAAAGUUGUCUGAAAGAUUUAUCUCUAGUGUUUGUCUUGGACGUCAAGGAGUUUUCCUUUAAGGGGAUUAUUUCGGCAGUAGGUGAUGCGAGAGUGAUUGCACCAUGAUCCGCGAUCCCCCCGCCAUGCACAAGCCCGACACCGCAGCCAAUCAGCAAGAAGAAAACAAAUAUACGCUCAGCAAUGUGUCCGGUACAACAGGGGGCGCAAGGCUGUGCGCACAAUGCGGCAAGGUCAUCACCGAGAGGUUUCUACUGAAAGCCAUGGAGAGGUUCUGGCAUGAAGACUGCCUUAAGUGCGGCUGCUGCGACUGUCGGCUCGGCGAGGUCGGCUCCAAGCUGUACUACAAGGCAGACCUCAUGCUCUGCAAGAGAGAUUAUCUUAGGUUAUUCGGUGCGACGGGCAAUUGUGUAGCGUGCAACAAAGUCAUUCCAGCCUUCGAAAUGGUUAUGCGAGCGAAGAGUUUUGUGUACCAUUUAGAAUGUUUCGCCUGUCAACAGUGCAAUCAUAGGUUCUGCGUAGGCGAUAGAUUCUACCUGUGCGACAACAAGAUCCUCUGCGAGUACGAUUAUGAAGAGCGGCUGGUGUUCGCCAGCAUGGCCGCCAACCCAAGCGGGCUCGCGCAUAUACGAAGACAAGUUAGUGGACUACAGUCGCCAAGCGGUGGAUAUCCUGGCGCGCUGGUUGAGAAGGAGGUUGCGGGGUGCGCGGGAGCGGACGAUGCGUCCAGCGGCUACGGCAGCCCGCCCGACCCCGAACCUGUGUGCGAUGCCGCGCGAUGACCGACCCUCCCGCGCCGACUGCUCGCCUCGAUAAAGCCUCACUGAAUCCUGGCGGCGAGCUGGGGCCGCGUCGGAUCAGUCUCUAGAGCGGGACA